CCACAGGAGAGUCCAAUAAAACUGGCGCUUGGGGCCUUGGGGGAGGGCAGCCGGCGGCGGCGGGCAGUCCAACUCCACCACCAACGCUCCCCUUGUUUCCACCCCACUACAAGUCUGCAAGAGAGGGAGAGAGCCCGAGGGAGCCAAGCUAGCUAGCACUAGCAGCGGCAGCGGCAGCGGCGGCGAGAUGGUUCACCCGAUCGCGGAGGCCGACGAGCGGAGCCCCUUCGGCAGCCUCACCCCGGAGGAGUUCUACGCGCGCCACGGGGUCACCCACACCACCUCCUCCUUCGUCAACCCGCGGGGCCUCCGCAUCUUCACCCAGCGCUGGGUGCCCCGCGGCGGCGGCGUCCUCGGCGCCGUCGCCGUCGUGCACGGCUUCACGGGCGAGUCCAGCUGGAUGGUGCAGCUCACGGCCGUCCACCUCGCCGCGGCGGGGUUCGCCGUCGCGGCGCUCGACCACCAGGGCCACGGCUUCUCCGAGGGCCUCCCGGGCCACAUCCCCGACAUCGCCCCGGUGCUCGACGACUGCGACGCCGCCUUCGCCGCCUUCCGCGCCGACUACCCGCCCCCGCUCCCCUGCUUCCUCUACGGGGAGUCCCUCGGCGGCGCCAUCGCGCUGCUGCUCCACCUCCGCCGCGGGGACCUCUGGCGCGACGGCGCCGUGCUCAACGGCGCCAUGUGCGGGGUCAGCCCGCGCUUCAAGCCGCCCUGGCCGCUCGAGCACCUCCUCGCCGCCGCCGCCGCCGUCGUGCCCACCUGGCGCGUCGCCUUCACGCGCGGGAACAUCCCCGAGCGCUCCUUCAAGGUGGAGUGGAAGCGCCGGCUCGCGCUCGCCUCGCCGCGCCGCACCACGGCGCCGCCCCGCGCCGCCACCGCGCUCGAGCUCCUCCGCGUCUGCCGGGAGCUGCAGGCGCGCUUCGAGGAGGUGGACCUCCCGCUCCUCGCCGUGCACGGCGCCGACGACACCGUCUGCGACCCGGCCUGCGUCGAGGAGCUGUUCAGGCGCGCGGGGAGCAAGGACAAGACGCUCCGCGUCUACCCCGGGAUGUGGCACCAGAUCGUCGGCGAGCCCGAGGAGAACGUCGAGAAGGUGUUCGACGAAAUCAUCGCAUGGCUCAAGGCGCGCGCCGCCACCGCCGUCGGCGCGCAACAACAGGAGUAGUUCCGGCACGCGUCCUGCGUGCGCGCCGCGCCAUGGCCGCGUGGUCCGUUCCACGGCGGAUUCUAGAUUCCUUCCUCCCCUGCUACCACCAUCCAUCCACCACGGCUCCAGGUCCAGCAAUAAACUUGUGUGCUGAUUAGUGAGUGAAUCUGUUGUGCGAGCCGAGAUCUCAUCCUAUGGUCCCGGUCUACCAUCUGCGGCUGCUUGAGAUGCCGCCACCAUUGCUACCGAUCAUGAAUCUUGUUGAGCUUUUGAUCCUUGAAUUUAAUGGAUGAGUAACAUUUCUGUCGUCUC